ACAUGGUGGGGACGAUCUAUUUUCUUCUCCUUGCGGCACAAUUCUUGGCUGAAAAGCCUUUUGUCAAUGGACAAAGUUAAUGGAAGCCAUGCCAAUGAGGGAAGAGUGGAAGUGUACCACAACGGUCAAUGGGGAACAGUUUGCGAUGACUCCUGGGAUAUCAUAGAUGCCAAUGUAGUUUGCCGUCAACUAAAUCUACCCCCUGCAGUGUCAGCACCAGGACAAGCACGCUUUGGCUCAGGAAGAGCUCCGUUCCUUCUAGAUAAUGUCGGAUGUAAUGGAAACGAAACCUCUCUGGACCAAUGUCCAAGCCGUGGAUGGGGAGUUCACCAUUGUUAUAAAGGAUGGGAGGAGGCGGGAGUAGUUUGUGGAAUAUCGACGCCAUCACCAUCAACAGACUGUGAUCGUGAUUGAGCAGUAUGUCAGGGACGGGCCAUAAUCAAUAAUGUAAUCUAGAGUUCAAUGUUACCGUCGAAUAUGAAAUUAAAACAAGUUAAAAUUAAAAGUUCAAAAUCGAA